AGCCGCGCGCCGCGGGCUUGGCUUCCGCGUCCGGGCCGGCCGAGAGGCGCAGUCGGCUCCGCGGCCGCGGGGCUCAGCGUGGCCGCGGCGGGACCUGUGGCUUCUCCCGCCGCGGGGCGACCGGAAGCGCCGCUCCCCGCCGCUGGCUCCGCCCGCGAGUGGCCUUUUGCAGCCGCCGGAGGACGAGCUAAAACUUUUCAGCGCGGUGAGGAGCCACUCGCAAGGAAUUAAAGAUGAGUAAGAGCAAAGAUGACGCGCCUCACGAACUGGAGAGCCAGUUUAUUUUACGACUGCCCCCAGAAUAUGCCUCUACUGUGAGGAGGGCCGUGCAGUCUGGACACGUCAACCUGAAAGACAGGCUCACCAUUGAGUUACACCCCGAUGGGCGUCACGGCAUUGUCAGAGUGGAUCGAGUUCCCCUGGCCUCAAAGUUGGUAGAUCUGCCUUGUGUCAUGGAAAGCUUGAAAACCAUUGAUAAAAAAACCUUUUAUAAGACGGCGGAUAUCUGUCAGAUGCUUGUAUCCACAGUGGAUGGCGACCUCUACCCUCCUGUGGAGGAGCCAGUUGCCCCCGCAGACCCCAAAGCAAGCAAGAAAAAAGAUAAGGACAAAGAGAAGAAGUUUGUUUGGAACCAUGGAAUCACUCUACCUCUAAAGAAUGUCAGAAAGAGAAGGUUCCGGAAGACAGCCAAGAAGAAGUACAUCGAGUCUCCCGAUGUGGAGAAAGAAGUGAAGAGGUUGCUGAGCACUGACGCAGAAGCUGUCAGCACCCGCUGGGAGAUAAUUGCCGAAGACGAAACAAAGGAGACAGAAAAUCAGGGCCUCGAUAUCUCUUCUCCAGGAAUGUCUGGCCACAGGCAGGGCCACGACUCUCUAGAGCACGAUGAGCUUCGAGAGAUAUUCAACGACCUCAGCAGCAGCAGUGAGGAUGAGGAGGACGUGAACAUCGUCGACACCGAGGAAGAUCUGGAGAGACAGCUGCAAGACAAGCUCAACGAGUCCGAUGAGCAGCACCGGGACGAAGGAACCAGCCAGCUGGUUAUGGGGAUUCAGAAACAGAUUGACAGCAUGAAAGGCAAGCUGCAGGAGACCCAAGACAGGGCGAAGCGCCAGGAGGACCUCAUCAUGAAGGUAGAGAACCUGGCCCUCAAGAGCAGGUUCCAGGCUGUCCUGGAUGAACUCAAACAGAAGGAAGACAGGGAAAAAGAGCAGCUCAGCUCUUUGCAGGAAGAGCUAGAAUCACUCCUCGAGAAGUGAGGACGUGCAUUUUAUUUUCAUAGUGAGGUCUCAAAGUUGUUCUCAGUCCCUAAAAUGCUAGGAGUCGUGUUGAAUUUUGUUGUUUUCAGAACUGCUGUGCCAGGUUUUUGUUCUUUAGGAAGUAGGAUUGCGUAUGUAGGUAAGUUGUUAGUAAGAUAGUGAAGAGUGGAGCUCUAAUCACUUCACCAUAGGUCUUUGUUACCAUUUGCCUCUUUUCCAGACGGUUCCAUUCCUGUUCUUUGGUGCUAACAUUAGUAAGAAGCUAGCCUACAGGCAGCGAAGUUAGUUUAUUUUUUUAAUUUAAUUUAAUUUUUUAAAAUAGACGUAUGCAGUAGCUAUCUUAUUAGCUACUCAGCAAGUUUCCAUGUAUAGAAAUGUAUAUUAUUGCAUAAAGUUGUUUCUUGGACAAUAAAAGUUACUAAUUUUCACAAUGUUUAUCUUAUUCUAUAAAUAGUGAGAGUUGAGGUGGGUUCAUGGAGUUUAAUGAUUGAAUGGUGUGGUCGUGUUUUGUAGAUAAAGAUACAUGCUGUUUUGUGUUUUCAGAAACAGGAAUACACGGGUAAAGAGAUGGAGAAAUUCAUCUUUGUGUUAAUAUUAAGUUCAGAUCCAUCUGGAAGUUUGAGGACAUGGGGUCCAGAGCCUCCCUAAACUAUCCUACUUUUAUUAAGCUCUAAGGUUGUCUGUGUAAAGUACCUGUUUGGAUUACUUAAAAGCAGCCCCCUGGUACCCCAGGUCUGUGUGCUCCACAUGGAGGUCAUCUAGCCCCUUUCAUUGAGAACCCACCUUUCUGCUUUACUACUGACAGCUGCUGAAGCCCCAAACCAGAAACUUAACAGCCACAGGGCAAGGCACUCCUGCGUUUGUAUUGUAGAUCGGUGGUUUUGUUGUGUGAUUUUUGGGCCAUAUAAUUUAACUUAAUCUGUUUGCUUCAAUUUUCUUUUCUCUGAAAUGGAGGUGGUAGUAUUAUCAGCCUCAGAGGGCUAUUGGGUUAGUGACUUAAAUCAUAUCACAGACAUACUUAGAACAGUAAUUGGAAUAUGGAGAGUGAAUAGUGAACAAAGAAACAUUCCUAUUCACUGGACUGCAUCAUAAUAGGUGUUAAACAGUCUUGAAUUAAAGAGGGAUUGAAAUGUUCAUAAAGACACCUUUUUUUUUUUUUUUAAUUUUAACUCAGUGUGUAGCUCAGGCUGGCUUGAACUCAAUUCUCCUGUUAUGGUCAAGUACUGGGAUUAUAGGGUUGCAUGACCAGGCCUGGCUCAGGAAACAGCUGUUUUAAUUAGGGUUUGCUUCAGAUUCCUCAAAGAUUCUAAAUCAGACCUUAUAAUUUGGAAAGUUUGCUUCAAAUAUCUGCAACAUAGAAGCUGACUCAGCUAGUUCCUGUAGCUUUAUUGUAUUAAUAUUAAAAGGUGGCAUAAUGAAUAUCAUGUAAAAUUUAAAAGAUAAAGACUUAACUGAAGAUUGGGAUCCAAAUAAAUCCUGCAUUAUUGUGAAAGGUAUGGUAUAGAGCUGAACAGUUUUCAGGGUUUCCAGAUUCAUGAACAAGUUGUGCUUUUGUGUGUGUGUGUGUACAAGUUUUGAACACCUUUCAAAGAAAUAGUGCUUUAAAAUACUAAGGAAGAUUCCCUAUAAACAAGUAAUGUAGAGAUUCUACAAAAAAGCAACACCCUGUCAUACCAACUUCCUAGGAGAAUUUAUAUUAACAUUUUAAGAUGUAUUAUCCCAUGCCUUUAUUUUGUAUGUACACAACAGAUUGCAUUUAUGUAGUUUUUAAUGCAAAAAUUAUGGUUUUGUUUUAUAGACCCUUUAGAAACUUGUAUAAAAAUAUGAGUAACUCUA